AAAUAGCAGAAACGAUUUUGAAUUGAAAGUAAACGACAGCACACUUUAGUCGCGAAAUGAGAAUCUUUGCUUUUGUGAGCUUCUUGUUCGGCCUGUUGGUGGCCGUAAGCGCCCUUCCAUACCCAGUGCCUGAGCCUCUGCCAGGCGGCGGCGGCGGUGGCGGUGGUGGCGGUGGUCUUUGUGGCGGGGGUGGUGGCGGUGGUGGCGGAGGCGGUGGUGGCGGCGGUGGUGGUGGUGGUGGUGGUGGCGGCGGUAGCUGCUAACAUGGAUCAUAACAUACCCAAACGCCUACCACACUACACAACCUCUAAGCCAUAUUUGUUGAUUUGGCUGUGACUGCACGCACGCAUUCUUUUUUUUUUUGCAAACACUUACUUAAUUAAAGAUAAACAAUAAAUUGAAAAGAAACAAAACAGAGAAAAAGCGAA